UCGCUCCUCCCACUCUCCUCCGGCUCCGCGGCUCCCGCGCUCCCCGCGAGGCUCAGGGGCAGAGUCUGCGGACGGGCGCACGGACUGACGGUCCCGGGGACACCUCGGCCCGCGCCUCCCGGGCGGGCUAUGUUGAUUGUCCUGCGGGGGUUGGCUGGCGGGAUCAGCGCAGCUCGGCCCGCGGCCCCGGCGGCCAGCGGGGACUAUGAACCGGAAAGCACGGCGCUGCCUGGGCCACCUCUUUCUCAGCCUGGGUAUGGUCUACCUCCGGAUCGGUGGCUUCUCCUCGGUGGUAGCUCUGGGCGCCAGCAUCAUCUGUAACAAGAUCCCAGGCCUGGCUCCCAGACAGCGGGCAAUCUGCCAGAGUAGGCCCGACGCCAUCAUCGUCAUAGGAGAAGGCUCACAAAUGGGCCUCGACGAGUGUCAGUUUCAGUUCCGCAAUGGCCGCUGGAACUGCUCAGCGCUGGGGGAGCGCACCGUCUUCGGGAAGGAGCUCAAAGUGGGGAGCCGGGAGGCUGCCUUCACUUACGCCAUCAUAGCUGCCGGUGUGGCCCACGCCAUCACAGCUGCCUGCACGCAGGGCAACCUGAGUGACUGUGGCUGUGACAAGGAGAAGCAAGGCCAGUACCAUCGGGACGAGGGCUGGAAGUGGGGUGGCUGCUCUGCCGACAUCCGCUACGGCAUCGGCUUCGCCAAGGUCUUUGUGGAUGCCCGGGAGAUCAAGCAGAAUGCCAGGACUCUCAUGAACUUACACAAUAACGAGGCAGGCCGCAAGAUCCUGGAGGAGAACAUGAAGCUGGAGUGUAAGUGCCAUGGUGUGUCAGGCUCCUGCACCACCAAGACGUGCUGGACCACACUGCCGCAGUUCCGUGAGCUGGGCUACGUGCUCAAGGACAAGUACAACGAGGCUGUACAUGUGGAGCCUGUGCGCGCCAGCCGCAACAAGCGGCCCACCUUCCUGAAGAUCAAGAAGCCACUGUCAUACCGCAAGCCCAUGGACACGGACCUGGUGUACAUCGAGAAGUCACCCAACUACUGCGAGGAGGACCCCGUGACAGGCAGCAUGGGCACACAGGGCCGUGCCUGCAACAAGACAGCCCCCCAGGCCAGCGGCUGUGACCUCAUGUGCUGUGGCCGUGGCUACAACACCCACCAGUAUGCCCGCGUGUGGCAGUGUAACUGCAAAUUCCACUGGUGCUGCUAUGUCAAGUGCAACACCUGCAGUGAGCGCACCGAGGUGUACACGUGCAAGUGAGCCCAAGACCGCACUGCGCGUGCCCUCAAGUCAGGUCCCUUGUGGGGAAGACCGGUCUCCAAGCUGCACUCGCCCUGGCAGGUCACUUCCCCAGACUUCCACAGGGAACUGCCAGAAUGCUGAGCUUGUCUUUUCUGCUGCAGAGGCACUUGCAGGGUUUCCUACAGGACCUGUGGGGAAGGGCUCCCCAGAGCCCUUAAGGGUUCUAGUCCACACCCAGUGCUGCUGCUCCAGCUACUCCGGGCCUGCCUGGGGCCUUCCUUAGCUGCAGUAGAGCCUUCCACAGCAGGAACUCUGGAUCUUUGGGCCUCAUCAUAGCAAUAUUUAACAAUUUAUUCUGAUUUUAAAAGUAAUAUUAAUUUAUUUAAUUAAAAAAGUCCUUCCACUCAUUGGGAUCCGUUUUCUGCAAAAUGGGCUGCUUGCUUUCUUUGCAGGAAAAUUUUGUCACUAGGACAAGAAGCCAGGUACAACUGUACAAAAUUAUUCUUUAAGCAGACAUUUCUACUAGCUGAUUCCACAAAUAUCCCUGCACUAGAUGUUUAAGAACAGAGAUGUCCAUGUCCUUUACAUAUAUAGAUAUACAUACACUUUUUUUUUUGUUUGUUUGCUGCUACUUAUCCAGACAUUUAAGCUAGUCCAGAUUUGGAGACAUUUUUCAGAAAACAUUUCCUACCCUUUAGUUCUCCCCAACUCAAACUUCACCCUUAGAAAAACCCAGUUUGGAAUAUAUAGAAAGAGGAAAGAUAAUAACUCCCAGCAGUUUCCAUCUUUUAGAAAGUGAGCCUCUGGAUAAGAGAGAAUAUUUUGUAAGAAACUAUUUUUAUAUGAAUAUUUUAUUUAUAUUGAGCCUGACUGUAUCAUUCCAAGGCCUGUGCUUCUUCUUAAUUCUAGGGCUUGCUUUGGGGUAAGGAGGGCAAGGCCUGGGUAUGGGGUCAGGCCCCACGAGGACCCUCACAUGGCUGGGUUUUUGAGUUCUGUUAGCCAAAUGGGCAAAGGCAUCCAGUGGGUGCCUGUUCUAUGGUGUCAUCCAUGUCACCUGGAAAAGGAAUUAGAUCCUCAGUUCAGCCUGUUAUACUCAGGCCUUUAGAGCAACAUCACUGAGUGGUGACCUCAUGAUGAGCCAUGUGGUAGGUAGGUCUGUGUGUCCUCAGCAUUGCGUGAGCAUCGCAGGGACUUAGUCAUUGCCACUGGGCAGAACCCAGCUCAGGGAGCCUACUCCUCACCAGAAAGCCCCUGCCAUUGCUGUGCGUCUCAAGGGGUAAGGGUGAGGUGCAGUCUUCAGUUAUGGGGCAGAAAAACUCGAGUGAGGAGUCCCAAGCACAUCUGGGCUUUCUGGAUGUCACAGUCCCAGGACAGACCAUCAGAGAGAGGGGCGUGGACGAAGCCUCCCCUCUCUGGGUCCUCCUUCAUCCAGUGCCUCUGAACUUGGAAAGCUUUCCUCAAGGAGGCUGUGUGUGUUCUGUGUCCAUUUGUGUUGUGUGACUUUAGGGAGUCUUGGGGUAGUCAUGUGACUUUGUGCUUCCGUGUACCUCUGGGGUGUUGAUGUGUGUAUAUCUUGUGUGCUCCUGUGUGUACCCAACUAUCUCUGUCUCUCUCCAUCUGUGUGCCUGAAAAAUUUGGGUGGUGUGUGCCUGUGGGUGUGUGCCUAUACAUCUCUGCUUGUUGGGGAAGGCUUGUGGUGUUGAGUCAAACUAUAGAGACUUUUGGUAAUUGUGUUGAGCCAUGAAGAGAUGGCACCUCUGAACUCUAUGCCCACAGACACUGGCUAAACUCAGGUACCUCUGAGACCACAGCCCCACUGCCCCUUGCCCUGGGAGCCCUCCAUGUCUAGGCUGUAUUGGACACUCCAGGGAGAGCACUGGGCCUG